AUGACGGGAUUUCUUCAAUUGCUCUCAAAAAUCGUCUUUGGCGCUCUUGAGCGCGAAGCCUUCGUUGAACUGAUGAAGUGGAUCGAAUCUCUCUAUCGAGAGCAAGAAUCCGAUCCUCAGCUCAGGUUUAUCCUGGAAAAGCACCUGAUUUGGGCAAUGAAACUAUGGAAAAUCCUCAACAAGUGGUUGCGAAUUGUGUACUUCGUUUUGGCCCUCUUAAGUGCUGUUUGCAUGAGACCCAAUUCGACUGCUGGUCUUGUUGUGAAAAUACCUUUUCUGGGCGAUCAAAGUGAAAUUUCGUACAUUUUGCAAAUCAUUCUCUUCUCCAUGAUCGGAUUGUUGCUAUUUGUCGUUGACUUUGCAAUAUUCUUCGUCGGUUUCCACAUUAUGGUGGCUCUGAAUAUUCUCAACGACUUCAUCAAGAUUCUACAUGAGAAAAUUGUGGAAAUUCCCCAUUUUCUCAGCAUCGUCGUGAAGCGUCAUUGCGACAUAAUUCAGAGCAUCGAUUUGCUGAACAAAAUCAUCGAGAAAAUAUCAUUUGUGCAGAUUCUGACAAGCGUCACUCUUUUGAUCACCUUGUUCGCCUCAAUGAGAACAGAAAGAUUCCAAGUCCUCAGCUAUAUCCUGUGCCUGUUCGUGAUGGGACAAACGCUGGUCUUCUGCGUCUUUGGCGAGUUCAUCAAGCACAAGACUGAGCGACUUUCCACGACUCUCUACUUGACAAACUGGUACGAAUUGAGCCUGAGGGAUCAGAAGACUUUCCUGCUCAUCCUCAGAAUGUCUCAGCGCGAGUACGGAUUGAAGGCCGCCGGAAUGUACGAGCUCAACAUUUAUCUCUUCAUUCAGAUCAUCAAAGUCGCAUUUUCCUACUGCGCCAUUCUGUACGCUUUGAGCGAGUGA